CCUUUUGCUAACCAUGCAGAGUAUAUCAGCUGUCUGCUUGUGAUUAACACAGUGAUGCAAUGAGAGUUAUUAAAAGAUAAAGCAGAGCAGGCAAGCUAGUCUAAACUUAGUGUAACCUGAAGCAAGCAAUGAAGUAUCCUGUGGUUCCUUUGGUGAAUGAGCUGACCUUUCCUCUGCUUUUCUUCUGGUUUUGUUUGCCAUUUGUAAUGCUUUUGAUCCUAAUGAUUAUCUGGCUACAGUUUCUCCUUAAUGAAGCACAGAUGCCCAGUGCAGAAGAAGUAAACAAACAGUCUUCUGAUGAGCCUGAUUCUAAAUCUGAGGUUGAACCAACAGAGGAAGAAAACCAGAAUGACACAUCUAGUAUAGAAAUGGAAGAGGAGGUGCAAUCAUCUGCAGGAAAGUUGAGGUCUAAGCCUGCUUAUCUGAGUUCAAAUCCGGAAAGCCAAAAGCCAAGUCUUUUUGCUAUAAUCUCAGACAGCUGGUUUCAGAGCCAGAAGAUAAAAUGUUCCCAUAUUGAGAAGAGCAAUUUCUGUAACACCAUGAUGCUAUUGUGUACCAUGCUUUCUUCUCUCACCUGGAACUUUGUCUGCCAGUUGCUACAGAUCUCUAACGUCCUGAGGAUUCAAGUGCUGCCAUCCUCUCUGAUUAUCUACAUGGCUCAGCUGUUUGUUUUGCUGAGUCAAAAACUUGUGAAAACCCUGGGCUCCCUGAGGCUGAAGAGCAGGGGGCUGUUGGCUUCAGUCUUGGGGAGGAAACUGGAGCGCAGUGAUGGUCAGAGAACCACCUCUGCACAGUAUUGACUGAUUAAAUAUUAAAUGGAUGACAGCAUCCAGCCUCUUGUGCAGUGCUUGGGUAUGUGCUCUGCUCCCCUCCCGCUUCACAGAAGGACGAGUUCCUCCUUUGUAAAGACUAGUAAUGCUCUCACCACUAUUAACCUUCCAUUUCAAACAAGAUCAAGGCAAGCGCUCUCACCAGCCGUUCUUACCCAAGCUUACAUGCAGUACAGCUCAGUGAUUACUCAUGCCGCACUUUGCACUUUCCUGAUCUCCAACUUGUCAGUUCUCGAAGUAGGAAACAAAGUUU